AUGACUCCAGAGGAGGAAGUCCAGAGACAGAGCACCAUGACUUCUGAGAAAGGUCCUUCAACCGGUGACCCCACUCUGAGGAGAAGAAUCGAACCCUGGGAGUUUGACGUCUUCUAUGACCCCAGAGAACUUCGUAAAGAGGCCUGUCUGCUCUAUGAAAUCAAGUGGGGCAUGAGCCGGAAGAUCUGGCGAAGCUCAGGCAAAAACACCACCAAUCACGUGGAAGUUAAUUUUAUAAAAAAAUUUACGUCAGAAAGACAUUUUCACCCAUCCAUCAGCUGCUCCAUCACCUGGUUCUUGUCCUGGAGUCCUUGCUGGGAAUGCUCCCAGGCUAUUAGAGAGUUUCUGAGUCAGCACCCUGGUGUGACUCUAGUGAUCUACGUAGCUCGGCUUUUUUGGCACAUGGAUCAACAAAAUCGGCAAGGUCUCAGGGACCUUGUUAACAGUGGAGUAACUAUUCAGAUUAUGAGAGCAUCAGAGUAUUAUCACUGCUGGAGGAAUUUUGUCAACUACCCACCUGGGGAUGAAGCUCACUGGCCACAAUACCCACCUCUGUGGAUGAUGUUGUACGCACUGGAGCUGCACUGCAUAAUUCUAAGUCUUCCACCCUGUUUAAAGAUUUCAAGAAGAUGGCAAAAUCAUCUUACAUUUUUCAGACUUCAUCUUCAAAACUGCCAUUACCAAAUGAUUCCGCCACACAUCCUUUUAGCUACAGGGCUGAUACAUCCUUCUGUGGCUUGGAGAUGAAUAGGAUGAUUCCGUGUGUGUACUGAUUCAAGAACAAGCAAUCAUGACCCACUAAAGAGUGAAUGCCAUUUAGAAUCUAGAAAUGUUCACAAGGUACCCCAAAACUCUGUAGCUUAAACCAACAAUAAAUAUGUAUUACCUCUGGCA